AUGGGUUUCUUCAUACUUGCCGUAACGGGUGUUAUAAUCGCCGAAUGGUCGGACACCGUCGCUUGUAUUGAUAUUGGAGCCAAGGUGGUACCUGCCCUUCCACCAGCAAGUUGCGUGUCGGUGUGCAAAUGGGACGUUUCAAUGGUGGUUUGCACUGUGCUGGUUACAGCGGCCGCGAUUGUUCCUGUUGAUAAAAGCCUCCAUAUCGAUGCUUGUACUAGUCUUUGGUGUGGUAUCAGAACAAGUGCAAUGGACUUCACACACUGGAAUACUUUCUGGACAGUAACAUUUAGUUUGACAGCCAUAGUGGUAACCACAGGUAACCUUAUCACCACUAGAAUGUUCCUGAAAAGAAGACUCCGGAAACGUCCACACUUCUUGUUAAUUAGUUUGGCCAUCGCAGAUAUGUUGGUGGGAGCCUUAUCGGUUCCUCUGUACAUUGCUGUUGGGAUUCACUCGAACAAGCUUCUUCUGAAUCUUUCAUUCCAAUGUGUGGACAUUUUCACGGGAGUGAUCUCCAUCUUUACACUGGCGAGUAUUUCACUGGAAAGAAUGCACGCCAUCGUCUGGCCUUUUCGUCACCGCGCACUGACGUCAAAUUUUUACAAAUGUGUCAUUGGUAUCCCGUGGAUCGUAGGUUUGUUGGGAAUUUUAUCCCGCGUGCUUCUGCAUUUCUACAUGAUAUCACCAUUGGCCUUUUUUGUCAUAAUAAACGCAUCCGUGUCAACCCCUCUUCUGUUCACGUCCAUGGCAUACUUUGUGAUGUGGAGGAAACACAGGUGCCGACAUCCUGACAUGCCUCAGGCAGCUGGUCGCGAUGAGAAAUUGGCAAAAACAUUGUUUCUUAUCACCGGAGCGUUCAUUAUCACCUGGCUGCCUUUCCAUGUUAUUAACAUCGUUAUUUUCUUUUGUUUGCCUUGUCGAAGCUUGCCAUAUUUAAUGAUUCAUAUCAUGAAGGUGUUGCAAUUUAGUAACUCGUUCAUCAAUGUUAUUGUCUAUCCUUUAAGAAUUUCGGAAUACAAGGAAAUCCUGCUUGAAACAUUGACUUAUUCUUUAGCAUGUUUUACGUCCUAUCGAAUCGAAGGUACAGGAAUAGAGCAAACGACUCCAGAUAAAACUUCAUCGAGCUCUCGCAAUCAUAGCACAUACGUCUAG